AUGGAAAGAGAGUUCAUUGAAGAAGAGACACCAACAAGGCCUCUGCUUUUUGAUGCUAAGCCUAUUGGCAAUAGCGAUACGCCAACCACUAAUUCCUCCCUCACUCUCAUUCUUGUCUUUAGCACCCUUGUUGCCCUUUCUGGCUCCUUCUGUUAUGGAUGUGCUACCGGUUAUUCCUCACCAGCUGAAAAGGGAAUCAUGGAAGACCUGCACCUCUCCAUUGCAGAGUACUCAGUUUUUGGUUCGCUAUUGACAGUAGGAGGAAUGGUAGGUGCAAUUUUUAGUGGAAAGAUUGCAGAUCUCAUUGGUCGAAGAAAACAUGCUUGGGUACUGGAUAUUGGAAGACUGUCAAUUGGAUUGGGAGUUGGAUUUAUUACUUAUGUGGUACCUGUAUAUAUUGCAGAAAUAUCGCCUAAGAAUUACAGGGGACGAUUUACAUCGGCCUAUCAGUUGAUGGUAGCUUGUGGAUCGGCACUAUUUUUUUCCGUUGGAAACGUUUUAUCUUGGCGCAUCUUGUCCCUAAUAGGUGCCGUUUUAUGUCUACUACAAAUUGCAGGUUUAUUCUUCAUUCCAGAGUCUCCUAGAUGGCUUGCAAAAAUUGGCCGUGAAAAAGAGUUCGAAAUUGCUUUGCAACGCCUUAGGGGAGAGGGUGUUGAUAUUUCUGGAGAAGAAAUGGACAUCAAGGCACGAUACCAUAGAAAUCUUUCAGGAGAACCCACAAGUCAAAACUCUAGAGUUGUUCCAGAGGAAAUAUGCUUAUCCCAUUUUUGUCUAAUGUCACUGCGAACAUUAGCUGGAAACGAUGGGGUGAGAUAUUAUCUUAACACCAUAUUUGCCGAGGCUAAUAAGCUCUUACAGAUUCCAGCAGCUGCUCUAGGUGUACUCUUACUCGAUGUAACUGGAAGACGAAUCAUCCUGAUGGUUAGAAGGGCAAUGAUUUCAGUUUAUACUCAUGACAACCAUGGCUAUGCUUUCGCUUUCUCCUCAGGCAUGUCCGGAGUACCAUGGGUUAUAAUGUCUGAGAUACUUCCAACUAAUGUGAAGGCAUCAGCUGGAAGUCUAGUCACUUUAAUCAGUUGGUUCUGCUCUUGGAUUGUGGCAUACAGUUUCAGUUUUAUGAUGCAAUGGAGUCCAGCAGGAACAUUUUAUAUCUUCGCCGGCAUGUGUGCUUUAACCUUUCUAUUCACUUGGAAGUUCGUGCCGGAGACCAAGGGACGAACAUUAGAAGAAAUACAAGUAGCAUUGGUUGCUCAAAUUUCUGAAGAAGAUUGCUAA